AUGAGCGUCGUUCGCCUUGACGAAGAUGAUCUGGACGAAGAGGAUUUGGCGAUUCUCAAAGAGGUCGCCAAGAAGGGAUACUACCACAAUCGCCCAAAGAGUGAAUCCUGCGCCACGCCGCAGCGCGUAGAGGAGGUCAGCGACUCCAAGACUCCGGAGCUGAAGGGCCGAGCUGCCUUCGAUGCUUUCCAGGCGAAGUGGGACCGUUUCGACAACGAAGAGUACUUGGAGGCAGUGAUCGACGAGAUCGGCGAGAGAUUCACUGGCGGAACGAAAGACUCGACGCCCAGCGACUCUGCUCAGCGGUCACUUCGGCACGUUGCCGAGUUCAAAAUCCUGCUGAUUGGUGAGAGGGCAGUUGGAAAGACCUCCUUCCUUCUCCGGCAUCAAACAGGUGAGUUUUCCAGGAGUGGAGCUGCGCGGGACACAGAGGUGGUCUCGCUGCGCUUUGCUACGACAUGUGGAGAGAUCGUUUUCAACGUGUGGGAGCUCAAUCCCAGCGCCGAGGAGCGCGGCUUCGGACAGGGCCAGGCAGCCAUUCUCAUGUAUGACAUGGGUUCGAGAGCAUCCUGGCGCAGUGUGCCCAACCGCCUGAGGGACAUCAGGAAGUUCUGUGGCAGCAUUCCGGUUGUCCUGGUGGGGAACAAGACGGAUGUCGGGGCCCAGUGGAAAGAGCAAACCCGGUCAGCCCGGAUUGCUUUCCAGCAGAAGAGGCGCCUCCAGCACUUUGAGACCAGUGCCAAGACAUGCUACAACCUCGAGAAACCGUUCUGGUGGCUCUCGCGCAGACUCUCGGGCUGUCCUAGCCUGGAGUUGGCAUCACGACGGGCCGUUUUGCCCGAAGUUCACCUCCAAGCGGAGCUCUUCGCCCAACACGGUCGUGAACUUGCUGAGGCAGCCCGGACCCCUGUGCCUGAGGCACUGGCUGACACUGAGUUGGUGUUCGGCCUUGAGGAUGCAAAGUUCACAUCAGAUGAGGUCAAGGAGCCAAGUUCGGUCGAUGUGGUUGAGAAAGUCAAGGUCGCCCAGGCGACAGAGGCCAUUGCUGCUGUCGGACAUGUGCCAGAUGCAGCGAAGAAGAACCGCGAGCUUAAAACGUACUCCCUGGAUGCCUUCGUGAUGGUUGUCACGCGAGCCGUCAGCCUGGUCACCCUUCGCAAGGUGAAGGAGAUCUCCCGUUAUGAGAUGCUCACUUACCAACUCCGAAUCACCAGGUCAAGCGGGCUAGUCAGCCAACUCAUGUCCCGAUCGCUUGCUUGGCUCACACUCGUGGGCAAGGUGCUACUGGCAAGCAUCGCGGAGGUCCCGGACCAUGUCUUGGAGGCACGGAUCGAGAACUCUCUGAAGGUGUCUGUAGAAGACCUUUUUCUGGCUGCCGGCAGACACUAUGAACCGCUUUUCUCGCGGGAGCAGCUGGAAUCCGUACUGGAGGAUCACCUUGCAAAGCGAGAAGCUGAUGCCAGCUGGGAGUCGCCGCCACGACGCGCAGCAUCAGGUAGCUCCUGCACGAUCCGUCCGGAUUCUGCGCGGCCGCUUUGCCCUCUGCCAGAUCCCUAUCUGUGCGUCGACCGUCUUUUGCCGCUCCUCUUCCAAGAGGUGAACCACGCCAUGGCCUUCAUCCACCAGCAGGUGGAGGUACUCGAAGCAGUCUCCAUGGCCACUGGGACUUCCGAGUGGUCUCAGAUGCCGCCUCUCUCCGGCAAAGCCUUUGCUUCCGUGGCUGCCCUGGAGGCGGUGCUUGGGCUUUUCCUCGGUGUGCUUGAACGAACUGACUUCAACCCCGGCUUGGCGGCGUGCCUAAUGACUCCUCUGGGUCGAAAGCUUCAAGAGACGAUGCUAAGAGUGCUGGGAGACCACCAGAAGCUGACUUCAGAAGUCAACGACAUGCGAUGGCAGCUUGCCGCAUUCCGCCGCUUGGCACAUGCUCGCUACGGGCUUCAAUGGCAUGCAGACACGGCUCUGCACGUAGCCGCGCAGGCUGGUUGGACUCUUUUCCACCUGGCCAAGCUCGAUGGUUACUUCCUCCAAAGGUUGGGCCUGCAUGAGCAGACAUUGGGCGACAGCCAGGAAAAUUUCACAGAUGCCUUGCCGCUGCUGUGGCAGGAGCCAUCGGAAGUAGACAUGGAGGGGGAUGUGCAGACAGAUUGGACCCUGGAGCUCCGAAGCGCCUUGCACUCCGGGGGAAGCCUUUGGCACUUGGACAAGGGCCUCCUGCGCUUCUUGCUCUCGAUGGUGCUGCGCAAGGGUGACAACGUCUGUGACUUGGGUGCAUUUGGUGGCCACUACUCCGAGUGGCUGAAUGAUACAGGCCUGGUGAGCGCUUAUGCCUUCGAUGCGAUACCCGGUGUGGAGGAAAUCACUAAAGGUGCGGUUCGGCAUGCUCGCUUGGAUGUCCAACACUUGGAGCUCGUGGAUGCUGGGUGUGACGUCGUCUUGUGCCUUGAGGUCAUGGAGCACAUCCUUCCUUCUCUGGAGCAGCAAGCUCUUUCAAACCUCGGUCUUCACACAAAGCGUGCCUUGGUGCUUUCCUGGGCUCCUCCCUGGGUGCCCGGGCCGGGGCAUAUCAAUCAGCGACCGCCCGAGGAGGCUUGGGCCGUCGUGGAGAGGCAGACUGGCCUGGCUCGCCAGCCGAUCUUGUCCGAAGGAGCGCAGGCAAGCAGUUCCCUGAGUUGGGUCAGGGAGUCCGUUUCCAUUUUCACUUGGCCACAACCGAAUGAGAAGCGGGCACCGACCGUAGAGCAGAUGGACGUCGAAGGAGACUCAAAGGAGGACAUCGGAUUACCUGAGCAGGCCAGCCAGGACGAUGCAGGUGCAGACGCUGUCGCAAAGUCAGAAGAAGAAGAGGAGGAAGAGGAGAUUGUGGAGCUCACAGGGCAGGAGCUCACAAAUCGAGUGAAGCAGUUGGAGGGCGUCGUGACAUUCGCCGUUUUCGCCUACUUGCGGCGUGGACUGCUGGAUGCAGACAAGCUCACCGUGGCCUCGAUGCUGGCGUUGAAGAUCUUGGUGCGGUCCGGAGAAGUACAUCCGGAAGAGCUGAACAUUCUCAUACGAGCUCCUGUCGACCCUCUGGCGUCGCCCAUGCCGGACACAACAAGAAGCUGGCUCACAGAGCAUCAGUGGGCCCAAUUGAAGACGUUGGAGCAGAUCAGCGUUUUCAAGACAGGUUCCAAUGCCCUUACGAGCACUCUGGAGCAGGACUCCCUCGGCUGGAAGCGCUGGUUCGCGGAGGAGAAAGCUGAGGCUGCAGACUUGCCACGAGCCUGCCGCGAGCUUUCGACGUUCCAUCGCUUGUUCCUGCUGCGUGUGCUGCGGCCGGACCGCAUAG